UUUUUUUUUGAAGUUUGAAAAAGGGGAAAGGAAAAAAAACAUCAAUCGACAAAACGGGUUCUGAAGACUAAUCAUCACUUCGAAUCCUCCAAACCCAGAAAAGCACCCGAAAUCAUCCUCCCUGCUCGCGAUUCUCUCCGUUUCUUUCUACUUCCUUGUGUUAGUGUCGUCGUCGUCGCCGGGAUCCGAUUGCUUCGGGUUCGGACUCAAUUUCGGCGGGGCAAACGACGUUCUGAAUCCGCCGUUGAUCAAUCUGGUGCUUGCCGGCGAAGGUUUCCCUUUGCGCGGCAGUAACCAAUUCGAAUUCUCCUAGUUUUAGGGUUUUUUCCUCAUUUCAUGGGCGAUCUAGAUGAUUGGUCCGUACUGGAAGAGAGAUCAUCUUCUCCAUUGUCUCCGCCGCCGCUUCGAGCGCCGUCGGAUCAGUUAGAGUUCUGGCAGAGAGCGGAGGAAGCCACCCGGGGGAUUAUAGCGCAGGUGCAUCCCACACUGGUGUCCGAGGAGCGACGAAGAGCUGUGAUUGAUUACGUGCAGAUACUCGUCAAGACAACUCUUGGAUGCGAGGUCCUUCUUCAAGUAUAUCCUUUUGGAUCAGUCCCAUUGAAAACUUAUCUUCCUGACGGAGACAUAGAUCUCACAGCUUUUGGUGGAUUGAACCUUGAAGAAGCACUUGCAAGCGAAGUUUGUUCUGUACUCGAAAGGGAAGAGCACAACGGAACUGCACAGUUUGUGGUUAAGGAUGUCCAGUUAAUACGGGCCGAGGUUAAGCUCGUGAAAUGUCUGGUGCAGAACAUCGUGGUUGAUAUAUCCUUCAAUCAACUUGGAGGGCUUUGUACUCUGUGUUUUCUCGAGAAGAUUGAUCAUCUUAUCGGGAAGGAUCAUCUCUUCAAGCGGAGUAUUAUACUCAUUAAAACCUGGUGCUACUACGAAAGUCGUAUUCUCGGGGCUCACCAUGGCUUGAUCUCGACAUAUGCUUUAGAGACUUUAGUCCUAUAUAUCUUCCAUCUCUUCCACUCAUCAUUGAAUGGUCCUCUUGCAGUUCUGUACAAAUUCUUGGACUACUUCAGCAAGUUUGACUGGGAUAACUACUGCAUCAGCUUGAAUGGUCCACUCCGUUUAUCUUCUCUACCAGAAGUUAUCGUUGAGACCCCAGACAACAGCGGGCAAGACCUGCUGUUGACCAGUGAGUUCCUCAAGGAGUGUCUGGAUAUGUACUCUGUUUCUUCACGGGGAUUUGAGACAAACUCGCGUGCAUUCCCGUCAAAGCAUCUCAAUAUAGUCGAUCCACUAAGAGAAAAUAACAAUCUCGGACGCAGCGUAAGCAAAGGUAACUUCUAUCGCAUAAGGAGUGCUUUCACAUAUGGAGCUCGGAAACUUGGGCGGAUCAUUUCGCAGUCAAAAGAGGACAUAUCUGUGGAACUCCGUAAGUUCUUCUCAAAUACAAUAGACCGGCAUGGGAGUGGCGAGAGGCCUGAUGUCCUUGACUCUGUUCCAUUUGUAAGGUGCAAUGAGUAUGCUGCAGUAUUGCCAACUGCUAUUACAGACAUAUGCCAAGUAGGCCAACCAGUUGAUGAGGCAGAACCCUCCAGUUUUCCUGGUUCCACCAGCAACCGGAAAAACGAUCAUGAAGACUCAUCAUAUGUUGGAACCAAUGCAUCAAGGACAGCUAGCCCCAGUUCAAGCGGGUCACGGGGUCCUACAGCCCCAUGUGUUUCAGAGAGGCGCUUUGUAGGGGAUGCUAAAGACUUGGCUACCGUGAGAAUCCAAAGCCUUGAUAUUUCAGAAGGUACAUUGAAAUCUCUUCAUGUGAGGUGUAAGGGUACUAUCUCUCCUUUGAGUGGAAAACAUCAUCCCCUUCAUCACACGAGAACUGGAGAAAUAGGAAAUGGAAAGGCUGAGCUGAAACAGCGAGAAAAUCCCUGGCUUGCUGAUUCUAGAGGAUUUUCAGAUAUACAUAUUAAUGAGGACGAGGACAUGCCUGUUUGUCAUGAAGAUUUUCCCUCUGCUGGAUCGAUACACCAGACGUCAGUCAUGAAUAUUGUGUCUUGGCCGGAGGAGGAUAUUUAUCUAUAUCAAUCAGGUCACAAUGUUUCUGGUUCUCCAAACUUGCUGUCAGACCUGGCAGGGGAUUAUGACAAUCAGCUUAACAGUCUGCGGUUUGGAUACUGGUGGCUUGAUCACUUACAAAAUUGCCCUCUAUCCCCACAAUCUCCUCCUAUGAUGUCACAGUUUCGCAGCAACAAUUCAUGGGAAGUGAUCCGACGGGCAAUGCCCUUCAGGCAGGAUGUUGCUGUACCAAUAAAUUCUAACAGAGUUGUUCCAAGACAGGUUUUCUAUCCUGUGAACCCUCAGUCGAUUCCAGGGACAGGUUUUGGUAAUGAGGAAUUGCCUAAGUCGCGGGGAACUGGAACAUACUUUCCCAAUAUGAACCAUUACAGGGAUAGACCAUUCUCUCCCAGAGGAAGGAUGCAACAUGCAACUAGGUCUCCACGUAACAAUGGCCGAAGCAUGAUGCAGUCAGAAAUGAAUUUCCCAGAGAGAGGCAGCCACAAGCCUCAGUUUUAUGCCCAUCAAGGCGGUCCCAAGAACGGUUCUUAUGGUGUGAACCACACAGAUUACCCUGAAAAUUCGAGUUUCCCUGAUGCAAUGGCCAACGGCUCUACAUAUCAUCCACACGAGAAGGUUCCAGAUUUCGGGUCAACCGGGCAUUUACAAGCCGGACUCUCCUCCCCUGACAGCAGCAAGCAAAGUCUCGAUGGUCGUGAUCAGGCGCUUGGGUUAAUAAACCGCCCUAAACCUAUACCCACGAUGCGUCAAGAUAGGGCCAAGGCUACCGAGUCUUACCAUUUGACUGACGAAGACGAUUUCCCGCCCUUGUGAAGUCUGAUCACAAGAGGUUAGUGAUAUAGUUUGAGCUCUAACGCCCCCACAAAGGCUAGUUUAAGAGUGGAGGUUUGACCCCUCCUUAUAUAUUGGCCCCAAAUCCCUCACACUUGCAGUUAGUCUAACGUUCACGGCGUGUUCAUGCUCUGUUCUUCUUCUGGUUUGUCCCCGGAGUUACUUGUUUUUUUUAUAAAAUGGGCAAAACAAAAAAAAAAAGGGGGAAGGGAGCAGAACAGCGUGGAGAGGUGAUUUAUGUUUUUGUGUACAUUCAGUGCUCUGCAUAAAAGCCACCUCUGUGUCUCAAAACACUCGAGAGAGAGAGAGAGGGCUUUUGUAUGUUUGUAAUUACAAAGACGGGAACAAGGUUUGGUCUUUGCUCUGUAGGAAUUUGUUUUUAGGAUGUUACUGGCACUUGGAUUGCUUAUUCAUCAGCCCAAUCUCUCGUGUUGCCUUGCUGCCUUUGUAACAGUGGGAGGGAAGCAUAGUUUUUGUCUUCACUAAAGGUUGCAGGAAAAGAUUGUUUUAUGUAUGUGGCAAUAAUUGACGAGGAAGUCAACCCUGUUGUUUUACUUGUAUCUGCUAUUCGAAAUAAUACACGUGUGAAGAUGAUGCCACCUC